AUGAGUGAGUCGCCGUCCGUCCACUCUGCAAAGCUUAUCUCGUUGGCCCGCUCACUUUCCGGACUUGGGCUCGACGCCACUAACGGGGCCCCCCGCGCUUUUGGCCUGACUGACAACGAUGAGCCUCCUCCACCGGACUCUGGCAUCGACCUCGGCCCAGGGCUCUUUUUCACCGACGGUAAGAGGAAGGUGGAUUAUGUGCUGUGCUACAAAUCCAAAAAAAGGCGGGCAUCCAAGGGGCGCCUCUCCAUCGCGUCCAACGGCAGCAUUCCUAUACCUGGCUUGUGGGAAAGGGAUCCAGAGUCCGCGGAGGCGGGAGGAGGACCUGCUUCGGGAGACGCGGAGGAGUCAAAGCUGUCCGAGGAGGAAAAGGCUCUCAUGAGGGAGGAGUUUGAAACCGAGCUUCUCAAUGCCGGACUGCAGAUAGAGCGUGAUAAAGAGAGGGCAAACGGCAUCAGUUUUAUCCGGCUCCACAUUCCAUGGACAAUCCUUAGUCGAGAGGCAGAACUUCAGAAGAUCAAAGUUGCUGUCAAAAAGAAAUGUGAGCUGCGGAAAAGGGCAGGAAUCGCAGGAAUGUGGGACUCCUUCAUCGCGAAAAUUAACACGCCGUUUCAACCAGACGUCCCUGAUUUCGACAUCCAGCGGGACCCGCAGACACGUGCACAAUUCAAGACGCUCAAACACCAUUUCAUCAGAGACAAGCUCCACUUGUAUGACAUCACGUCGACAGAAACUGUCUUUGACAAUGCGACACGCAGCAGAAUUGUUGCAGAGAUUAUUUCACGCACAGCCUGCAGGCACUCCUGCCAGACCACCGGCAUCAUGUCCUUAUUGGCUCGGGACGUUUACAUCUCAGCCUUCCCUUUACAUGACGGUCCAUUUUCCAGGAGAGGAUGUAAAGAACAGCGUAAUGACAGACAGGUCCUCCAUGAAGAAUGGGCAAACUAUGGAGUCAUGCACAAAUACCAGCCUGUGGACCUGAUCAGGAAGUACUUUGGAGAGCAGAUUGGCUUGUACUUCGCCUGGCUGGGUGUCUACACUCAGCUCCUCAUCCCUCCAUCCGUACUGGGUAUCAUCGUCUUUCUUUAUGGAAUCUUCACUGUGGACACCAACGUGCCAAGUCAGGAGACGUGCAACGACAACCUCAACAUCACCAUGUGUCCACUUUGCGAUGGAGUGUGCGACUACUGGCGGCUGAGUACGGUGUGCUCGUUGGCCAAAGCAUCCUACUUGUUUGACAACGGAGCUACAGUUCUUUUUGCCAUCUUCAUGUCUCUAUGGGCUGCUUGUUUUCUGGAGCAUUGGAAAAGGCGACAGAUGUGUUUGAAACACACCUGGGACCUGACCAGCUUGGAGGACGAGGAGGAGCGAGUCCAGGAAGAGCUGCGACCCGAGUAUGAAGAAGCAUUACAGGAAAAGAAAGCCAAAAUGAAAGAAAAGUGGAAAAGGAAGAUGACUCAAAGUGAGGACGGAGCGGACGGAGAGAGAGACCGGAUGCUUUCCAACCAGCUUGAGCCAGAGUCUCUAGACAUCGAGGAUCACAUGCCAGGUUACCUCAUCAACGUUUCCACACUACUGCUACUGGUUUUUGUGACGUUUUCAGCCGUGUUUGGGGUGGCCGUGUAUCGGAUAUGCAUGCUAAGCGUGUGGUCCAUGAACCCUGAUCACGAGGCCAAAGCCAGUGUGAGAAUGACGGUCACCACCACGGGCAUCAUUCUCAACAUGCUGGUGGUGCUGGUGUUGGAAGAGGUCUACGGAGCCAUUGCAGUGUGGCUAACUGAGCUGGAGCUCCCAAAGACACAGGAGGAGUUUGAGGAGAGGUUGAUCUUUAAGUCCUUCUUUCUCAAAUCCAUGAACGCUUUUGCACCUAUUUUCUAUGUGGCCUUCUUCAAGGGCAGGUUUUCCGGUCGACCUGGGGACUACGUUUACGUCUUUAGCGACUAUCGCAUGGAGGAGUGUGCGCCUCCAGGCUGCCUCAUCGAGCUGUGCAUCCAACUCAGCAUGAUCAUGCUCGGAAAACAGCUUAUUCAAAACAAUGUUUUCGAGGUUCUCAUUCCUAAGUUGAAGAAGAUGUACAGAAACAUACAAGAGCAAAAAGGCAAGGACAGAGGCACCGAGGACGAAAUGGACGAAGCCGAAGAGAAGCGAUCCAAGCAGCAGUUCCACAAGGAUUUUGCCUUGGAGCCCUUUGAGGGCGUGAGCCCGGAAUACAUGGAAAUGAUCAUUCAAUAUGGCUUUGUAUCACUGUUCGUGGCGUCCUUCCCGCUAGCGCCCGCCUUUGCUCUGCUCAACAACGUCAUCGAGAUCCGCCUUGACGCCGCCAAGUUUGUGACUGAGAUCCGGCGGCCGGACGCUGUGAGGUUAAAAGACAUAGGAAUAUGGUACAACAUUCUCUGUGGAAUCAGCAAGUUUUCUGUCAUUACCAAUGCAUUUGUGAUUUCCUUCACAUCGGAGUUUGUGCCACGCAUAGUGUACCAGUACAUUUAUAGCGGCAACGGCACCAUGAACGGCUACACAGAGCACUCGCUGUCCUACUUUAACGUCACCAACUUCCCGCCGGGCACUGCGCCCAACACGACAGUAUCCAUGUGCAGGUAUAAGGACUACAGGGAUCCACCAUGGGCACCGGAUGCUUACACCUUCUCCAAACAGUACUGGUCUGUUCUGGCUGCAAAACUGGUUUUUGUAAUAUUCUUUCAGAACCUCGCCAUGUUCCUCAGCAUGCUGGUGGCCUGGAUGAUCCCAGAUGUGCCACGGUCACUACGGGAGCAGCUGAAGAAGGAGAACAUGAUGCUGAUGGAGUUUCUGCUUAAUCAAGACCAGGAGGCCCACUCCAAAUCGCUCUCCAGCAAACAUCCCGUCUUUCCUUUUCCGGCCAACAUAGACAUUGUGGUGGAGGCACCAUCGGAAGAACAGCAGUUACAGAAGGAAGUGGAAGAAGAGAAUGAGGAGGGGGUGAAUGUAACUCAGGAGGACCCCUGUCGGACCAGUGACAGCGACUCAGAAGCUGGGAGGUCAUUUGAGGAUGUAGUGAGAACUGGAGUCAGAAGUUGUGGAUGUGAAGAAGAAAUUGACAAAAAAGAUGAAGAAAAGUCAAAGGAAAAUUUGGAGGAAAUGAAAGUAAGCGAGGAAGGUGAGCGAGACAAAGAAGACAAGAAGAGUGAACUUCAAGGGGAGGAAAAUGAGAACACAGCAAAUGAGGAAGACAAUUCAGUUGUGGAUUUGGAUGCCCUCAUGAUCCAGCUGGGCAUCAUAGGUGACGACAUCUCAUCAAUCAACGAUACCAAGAUUCCACAGUCAAGCUCUAAAGAACUUCUAUCCAAAAGAGCUUCCUGCCAUUCUCUAAGCAGCCCUCUGGCAGAAAUGACCCCCUCCCAUACGGACGCAAGGCUCUUUUCGCCUAUCGUUCCCCCGCCCCGGGAGCCGGGCGCCAGGGCCAAGGCCCGCUGCUUCACCCUGCCUUCACGCCACCGAGGGAAGGAGACGUCUUACAGUCUCCCCAGACCCAGCCACUCCAGCAGCCUCUCUAGGAUCCGUCUGGAGACUUCUCUUAUAUCGCUGGGGCCCCUCCAACCCGAAACUGAGUCACAGCAGCCGCCCCUCAGCUCUGGUGAACUCUUCUCGCUCAAAGGCCCUCCGCCUCAGCAGCCUCGUUCCAGGGGCAAAGCACGGUGCUCCACCUUGCCCUCCAGACACAGAGCUCCUGGUACCGAGGAGCCCCCCGCCAAGCCGAGUCAAUCUACCAGCUUCACAAAGCUGCGAGACAGAGUACCCCCUUCCCCCAGUGAACUUAAACGCAACACGCCAGUAUGA